AAUAUUCUGCCUUCUGCGUAACCGAGGACAACAAUAUACGUAACUUAUACCAGUGGCCUUUUUGGUAAUUUUCAACGGUGGACCAAGGGUAAAUUUUUUAACCUACUUUUCUUCAAGCCUUUUUCACUUAAUGACGAACGUUUCAAGUACAGAAAGCCUUGGAUUCUUCUGCAGAUUUUUUACACUAAAAAGGAAAAAAAGAAAAAUAAUAUUAAAUUUUUAUGUUAAAAUCCUCUGCUUUUGCGACUCUUGGUCUUCUUCGGACAUGGCACAUUCCUUGACCUCACUCGCCGUUUUCCAGAGCGUCACCCGUAAAGAGAUGAUGAGGAGUUUGCAUGUGUAUGGAUCGGUGGAGAUUGAGAGAGAGUUCUUGUUCAAGAGUAAAAGCUGUUAUGUAGAGAAGAAAGCGAAGCCUCUGUUUCGUUCGGAAGAUUCCCGGCGACCGGAGAUCUCGGAAGGGUCGGUUUUUGGCACGUGGCGUUGUAUCUUUGUCUUCCGGUUUACUCACUCGCUUCCUCGGUUUCCUACUCUUCUCUGUCUUUCAAGAAACCCUAAGCUGGAGGACAUCCCUAAUUUAGCCAAUGAGCUCAAGUUUAUCUCCGAGUUAAAUACGAAGAAACCAUCAAAGAUUUCUGAAGAAGAACAAAUUUCUGAAGAUGAACAGUGCAGUACAGACGAGUAUUAUAACUCUGAUCUGCCUAAACCGCGAAAGCUCGUUUUGAAACAAGAUCUUAACUGCCUUCCUGAUUCAGAAACCGAACAUUCGGAAUCCGAAAACGAAAAAACUGAGCAUUCGGAAUCAGAUGCUAAGUCUGAGAUUUUGGAGAGGAAGAAGAUGAGGACAACAUCCAGACAUGUUGCUGAACUUUCCUUAGAAGAUCUUUCAAAAUAUUUUGGUCUUACUAUCGUGGAAGCUUCUCGGAAUCUCAAUGUCGGUCUCACUGUUUUGAAAAAGAAAUGCAGAGAGUUUGGGAUUCCCCGGUGGCCUCAUAGGAAGAUCAAAUCUCUCGACAGUCUCAUCCAAGAUCUUCAGAGGGAAGCAGAGAAGCAGCAGGAAAAGAAUGAAGCAGCAGCAAUGGCGGUAGCUAAGAAACAGGAGAAACUGGAGACAGAGAAGAGAAAUAUAGUGAUGAGACCAUUCAUGGAGAUACAGACAGAAACCAAGAAAUUCAGACAAGACAACUUCAAAAAAAGACACAGAGCUUCUAGAGCCAAGAAGAAUCAAGAAUCUCUUGUCACUUCCUCUUCCACUUAAUGAAUCUAGGUCCUUUAACAGUAACAUCAUAUAUAUUAGUUAGUUAGGGGUUUCUGUGAAGUGUUUUGGUAUUUAGAAAUGUUAGUUACAAGCCUAACAGAUGCUAAGCUACGUUUGUUUUUGGCAUAACAAGUUCCGAGAAGAGAGGAACUCUUGUAUCAUAUCUUUUUGUGGUCAGAUAUCGAAAAAUUGAACCUUUUAUUU